AUGCCACCAGGAGUUGACAUAUUUUUGAUAGCCCUGAAAAUUUUUCUUUCCAUCUCUGCAACUCUGGGCAAUGCCCUGAUCCUGGUUGCUCUACGAAAUGUAUCCUCCAUUCAUCCACCGACGAAGCAGUUAUUUCGAUGUUUGGCUGUUACUGAUCUUUGUGUUGGUCUUAUAUGUCAACCACUUGACGUUUACUUGACUAUUGGUAACUACAACAAGCGAGAACUUGUGUAUGUAUAUAUAUUUUUCAAUUUCGUGUUGCUUACGGUAUCGCCCCUAACAUCGGCUGCCAUCAGUGUUGACAGACUUCUCGCUCUGUUAUUGGGACUGAGAUACAGACACGUUGUAACUUUACGCCGAGUUCGUGUGGUCAUGGCUUGUGUUUGGUUCAUUGCUGUUUCAAACGCUUCUUUGCGGUUGGUGAAUUUUAUCCAGUUCAAAUAUAAGGUAUUAUCUGCCUGCUCCCUUUGGACGUUCAUAGCUUUAAUAAUGGUUUCUAUAAUAGUCUCCUUAUUUUCGUACAUAAAGAUUUUUUUCACCUUCCGUCAUCAACAAACCCAAGUGCGAGAUCAUGUUCAACCAGAACAGUCGAGCAGAGUAAGAAGUGUACUGAACAUAGCACGAUACAAGAAGACAGUGUAUACCGUAGCUUGGAUACAGUUUGUUAUGCUUGCUUGUUAUGGUCCUUUCAUCGUGAUGGUAUUUCUUUGGAAUUUUGGAAGUGUAGGUUAUUCCACUGAAGUAUGGAUCGCGUUUGCAGUUUCCUUAUGUCUCUUCUUUUUAAAUUCAUCUCUGAAUCCAGUCCUUUACUGUUGGAGAAUCAAAGAUGUCAGACAGAAAGUAAAAAACGCCAUUCGUAAGUGUCUUUGCUGUUGAGUUAACCUAAAGUGAUAGAGAAAAGAUGCAACAGAACAACAUCCCCAGUGGGAAGACAACUGGCUUAUCACGAACAGUGCGGCUACGUUGAUACCCACACACAGCACCUAUACUGACAGGACACACCUUGUUCAUCUUAUAGGUUAUCGCUGUACUGUGAUCGUUUUUUGUCUAAAUAGAGUAAUAAAAGAUGUUUGACGAUGUUUUAAAAGAGGGCUGUAGGCCGAACAGACCGUUUAUAGAAUACAUUUGUUGUGGUGGCCAUAUUAGAUUUUUCCAAAGGGGUUAACCGAUUAUAUUGGGUCAAAAUUUGAAGUUUUCUUUGUGAUUGUUUUUUUGUUUUUUGGCUUAAUAGAGUAAGAAAACAAGUCUUUGGAUGUUAAGACUGCUAAAAAGGCCAGAAAAAACUCUUUCUAAAGAGUUUCAGUCGCUUUAAACUCGCCGGGAAAAUAAUACCCACUGUCUUUAACAGUCAUUAAUAUUCACGGUUUAUGCAUGUAAUAUAACAGCGUAACUAUAAUGCCCCUGCACCUUAAUUGUUAGAUUAAUUUCUCUGUUGCAGAAGAGAAAAAAAGUUUGUUAAAACAUUGGUAUCGCAGGAACAGGGCUAUAUUAGCUUAUAUUUGAUCAAUUAACAGAUCUGUAAUUAAAAUGAUAAACGUGAAGCGCAUGAAGAUGCGGAAGGUCUCCCUCAGAGAAACUUCCUGUUUACACAAGGACAAUUAACAUUUAGCGGGUAAUUUUAAUGCAGUGAUGAGAAACCAUAACUAUAAUGGAUGACAAUAAUAGAUAAUGUAUGGAUACUUUCUGAGUUGAAAACUGAAGCUUAUGCGUUAAAAGUUUGUACUCAGGCGGUUAAAAAUAAAGUUCAGUUUCAUAUCGUUGUACGUUGGUCGGUUAAGGGAGACGUUUGUUAGUGCAAGAAGAUAAUCGGAAUUGCUACUCAAAAAGAGCAUACUGUAAACCUGUACUGUAGGGCUUAAACUGUACGAGUAUUGUAUAAGCUAUAGCAGGAAAAACUUUCGUGAGCAAUUUUGUAAAAUAUACCUCCCUUGUCCGAGAAAUACGGUUUCAAGUAAAAUAUAGAUAGUGAUAUCAUUAAUGGCAAUUUUUAAUCUUUGUGUGAUAUAGAGAAAUACGGUUGCAAUUAAAAUAGAUAAUGAUGUCAUUUCGUUGCUAAGGCAGCUCCUAUGUCAAUAUAAUUCUUUUAAUGGCAAUUUUUAAUCUUUGUCUGAUGUAGAGAAAUACGGCUACAAUUAAAAUGGAUGAUGAUGUCAUUACGUUGCUAUGGUCGCUCUGAUGUCAAUAUAAUUCUGUUAAUAGCAAUUUUUAAUUUUUGUUUGAUGUAGAGAAAUACGGCUACAAUUAAAAUGGAUGAUGAUGUCAUUACGUUGCCAUGGUCGCUCUGAUGUCAAUAUAAUUCUGUUAAUAGCAAUUUUUAAUUUUUGUUUGAUGUAGAGAAAUACGGCUACAAUUAAAAUGGAUAAUGAUGUCAUUACGUUGCUAUGGUCGCUCUGAUGUCAAUAUAAUUCUGUUAAUAGCAAUUUUUAAUUUUUGUUUGAUGUAGAGAAAUACGGCUACAAUUAAAAUGGAUAAUGAUGUCAUUACGUUGCUAUGGUCGCUCUGAUGUCAAUAUAAUUCUGUUAAUAGCAAUUUUUAAUUUUUGUUUGAUGUAGAGAAAUACGGCUACAAUUAAAAUGGAUAAUGAUGUCAUUACGUUGCUAUGGUCGCUCUGAUGUCAAUAUAAUUCUGUUAAUAGCAAUUUUUAAUUUUUGUUUGAUGUAGAGAAAUACGGCUACAAUUAAAAUGGAUGAUGAUGUCAUUACGUUGCUAUGGUCGCUCUGAUGUCAAUAUAAUUCUGUUAAUAGCAAUUUUUAAUUUUUGUUUGAUGUAGAGAAAUACGGCUACAAUUAAAAUGGAUGAUGAUGUCAUUACGUUGCUAUGGUCGCUCUGAUGUCAAUAUAAUUCUGUUAAUAGCAAUUUUUAAUUUUUGUUUGAUGUAGAGAAAUACGGCUACAAUUAAAAUGGAUGAUGAUGUCAUUACGUUGCUAUGGUCGCUCGGAUGUCAAUAUAAUUCUGUUAAUAGUAAUUUUUAAUUUUUGUUUGAUGUAGAGAAAUACGGUUGCAAAUAAAAUAGAUCAGUAAUGCUUUGAUGACGUUGGUCUGGCAGCUCUGAUGUCAAUAGAAUGCUGUUCAUUAGAAUUUUUUUAUCUUUGUCUGAUGCAGCUUAUGCAGGGCGGACAUUAUUGAUAGAUACAUUGGUCCUGUUUACUCAUUUUACAACUGAUAUUCAGUUUGGACCGGUCAAACAGUCGUCAGUGGUAGACACUACACCUAUAACACUUCUGUGUUCUCUUUAAACAACAAUUUCUAUUGUAUUUCAACAGUAAAAAGGAAAACUUCCCCAAAAUAGUACGGCUAAUGUAGGCGUUUUCUCAGAAGAAAAAAAAUGACGUUCUGUUGACUAGAUGUAAAACUCUCGGCUUAAGACACUUUUAAAGUGUUGUACGAAGUAUAUAUAAAGUCGAGUCAAUUGUCACAAAUAUCUCAUUUAGCGCCUUAGGACUCUUCAGUUUAAUGUUGUUGUACGAAAAAUAUGUGCCCUGGUAGAAAAUAACGUUUGCACAGAGCUUUAGGCAUAUAUUUAUGAAAGGGAUUCGAGAAGAACUAAGCAAUUGUAAUAAGCUUUUUGCUAAUUUGCUUUAAAGAAACAAACACUGUAUGUUAAAACUGUGAAACGCAGUUUGAAUUGUUCUUCUUAUGAGGUGUUGGUUAUUAAACCCCUGAAUGGGAAGUACAUGCCUUUCACUUUUUAUUUGUUAGCGAAAACCUGAAGCGUGGUUAAUUGAUUCAAAUGAAAGCUUUCAAAACGAUCGUCUUGCAAUUUUAGUUAGCUUUAUUAAGCUUAUCGUUAUUGGAAGUGAAAUCGGAUGAAAAUGAAAAGAGACGACGCGUCGACGCACUGAGCGCCUGAAUUUUAAAACCAAAGAAUAAGAUUUAGAUGUGACAUUGUAAGGCAACUAAAAAUUAUAGUAGUACGGUUGGACGAACGAUGAAAAGUGUAGUAAACAAUUCCCAGAAGGUGAAAAAAAUGAAUAAAUAAAUAUUCAACAUAUAAACCCGUUGCACCUUGACUACCAAAUUAAUUUCUCUGUUGCGAAACAAAAAAAAAAAGAAGUAAACAUUUUAAGAACAUUGGCAACGUAGCUGACAUGUACUCGUUUAGAAAUAACGCUAUAUUUCGUAAGUGAACAUGUCUAUAGUUAAAUGAACGUCUUCCGAUGGCCAAGUUGUCUCUCGAAACAUGUUUUGUUUACACAAGGGCUAUUGACUUUUAGCAGGUAAAUGUGAUGAGAAUAUGAUAAAUGAUAAUGACGAUUUGCGUUUAAAACCAGGUGUUUCCGAGGAAAAAGAAAAGUGCGUGGCUUCGUAAAGCGAAAAUGGGCUUCUGGCCGUUUUUAACAUACAAAACAGCUUCGUCAAGAUGAAUAAGAACUGCUGCGAAGUUUACUUUAGUGGUACAGAACUCUUCUUUCUUGUGUCAUGCUGAAUAUUGCAGCAUCGAAAAGAAGGAAGUUGAAAAUGUAAAUCACCUAAGAUGUAGAAUACCCUUAAAAGGGAGUUUGUUUUUUCAAAUAGUGUCUUAGUAGCAAUACCCAAAUAGAACGUACUGACUUGCAAACCGAAAUAGUUCGCUUUCAUAUCCUUUUAGGUUUCUUCACUAAACUGUUGGAAACCGUAACUCUCAUAAUAACAGAUCUUAAUUUGUUUGGUCGGAGUUGGAGUUUGCCUGUUAAGUAAUGGAUAUUUUAGCUGGCAGUCGUGACCAAACUUUUUCUAGCCAAUUAUUAGGGCGGGUCUAUUUUAAUUGCAAAUGUGCGAUGCUAACUUAUGACUUUAACAACACCAUACAAACUCUAAUUAUGCUUUAUAUUAAAGUUUUAUUCGUAACACUCAUAUUCAGAAGUCUAUAAUGACUGCGCUUCUGUCCUGUUAAUUUCGUCAAUAUUUCAGGCGAAGCAUUUUAUUUCCAAAUUGUCAAUGUAUUUAGCAAGAAACUGCUUAUUGAGAACAAUUUUUUUACGUCUCCUACUGGAGAUAGGACCGGCAUUUAUAAGUACUCAUCCGAGUAAAGGUCUGGCUUGUUUGCCGAGGAAACUCAGUGUACCAUCAUUUCUGAAGUAUUCAAAGACCCUGAACAGUGCUGCGGCCACAGAGAUCGUCCCCACGACCAUCCGCUCUGCAGACAAGCGCUGUACAGCCUGAGCUACUCCUGUUGCGGUAAUUACCGGAGGGGGCGGAAGGGGGGUGGGGUAUUUAACAAAGUUUUAUACGGGGAGGCUUCGCCUGGAGGUCGGUCCAAUCCCUUAUCCGGCUUUUACAUACCAUUUUGACAGAAAAAGUACCCCUUUCCUACGCCUUCUUUUGACAAAUGAUACCCCUUUCUUAUAACUAAUUUAGAAUUUUCCAUCCCUUUUAACCAGUGUAAAGGCACUGAAUUUAAAAUAUUGAGUAAAUCACAAAACCAGAACGUUUUCUCGACUUUUUCACAGCCUUAGAAUAAAUCUGUGAGCCCUUUUGGGCCUUUUUACCGACCGAAAUAACCGAUGGUCCUACACUUUCAUAUACUUCAACCAGUAAAAUCCCUUUUUUAUCAUGUACCUGAAGCCUGAAAAAGGUUCCCCUUUCAGGCGGAGCCUCCCCGUAUAGGCCAUUGUACUGAGUACCUCCGCCCCCCACCCCCGAGGGGGUAAAUAGUGAGGUAAUAGGAAGAUACCGCUUUAAUAGUGAUGGGUGCACAGUCUAUCUUAAAUUAGUUGUUACCGACAAAAGUGAAGCCCUGGCGAGUAAAACAAACCACCGGAUGUUACGUUUUGACUUAUAGUGGAGAGUUACAUAUCCGCAGUACAGGUGUUGAUACUAUACCGGAUAACACGAAAAACAAUCCACUAUAGCGUGUAUAUUGGUAACUGCUAUUACCCAGGAAAUGCAGAUGUUUAUGCAGGAAGUUGUAAUAAUGCAAUUGUCAAAAUACUUAUACAAGAAGUCCCUUGCGAAGCAAAUUUUAACAUCUACUUAAUAGUUUUGGCUGUAGCCGAUUUGGCUAUAUACGUUUAGACCACUUUCUGUUAUCCUUCAUAUCACCUGUAACGAAGUGGUUAACUGAGAAGCGUUUCCUGGCGUUUGUGUCUCAAUUAGUUCUUUAGCGAGCAACAAAGUCAACAUGUCAACCUGAACUACUACUCAAUAAUUUGUUCUAGUUGAAAUGACAGCAUAUCUCUUUCACUGUGGUUUGUUAACCUCCAAUUUUCGUGUAUCCCUAUUUUACGAUAUUCUUGUCGUCAAAGUACAUAGAACAUCUUAUUUUGUAUUAAUAUUUUUGGAUAGUUCUUUAGCGAGCAGCAAAGUCAGCCUGUCUUAAAAAUUUAGGAAUCGGCUUAAUUGACACGUUUGAUGCAACGACAGGUUAAUUUGGAGUUAAGUAUUUUUAAAUUUAACUUGGCAAUUUCUGUCUAGGUCUAUAACAAACUGAAUAAAUUUGCUAUUUCGUUGAAAAGCUGUUUUGUCCGAGGAAGUUCAUCUUGUGUAGCUUUACAGCUGAAGAAACCUAACGUUAACUCAAAUCGACGUUUCUUUUCCAUAAAGCUUAAUCAGUGGCUUUCAUCACCAAUGGCAAUCAACACGAAUGGGACAUUUGUAACAACGAAGAUACUAUCCGGAGUAUGAACAUUUCUUAUAGCCUUCAACAAUUGAACCUGUCUAAAAAAUGUUAUGAGAGUAACUGAUACGUUUCAUGCAACAGCUCGUGAAUUUGGAGUCUAAGUCUACUUUUUAAUUUAACUUGCCAGUUUCUGUCAAGAUCUAUCACAAGUGAAUUAACUAUUUCGUUCACAAGCUGUUUUGUCCGAGGAAGUUCAUCCGUCUUGUGUAGCCUUACAGCUGAAGAAACUGAACGUUAACUCAAAUCGACGUUUGUUUUUCAUAAAGCUAAAUCGGGGGCUUUCAACAUCAAUUGCAAACAACACGAAUGGGACAUUUGUAGUUGCGAAGAUGCCGCCAGGAGUUCACAUAUUUCUCGGCAUAUCCUUAAACAUUUCUCUUCCCAUCUAACUGAAAUCGGCGUUUCUUUUGCAUAAAGCUUGAUCGGGGUUUUCAAAACCGAUGGCAAACAACACUAACGGAACAUCUGUAAUAGCGAAGAUACCAUCCGGAGUGUGGAUAUAUUUUCUUACAGCCCUGAGAAUUUUUCUUUCCGUUUUUGCAACUCUGGGCAAUGUUCUAAUCCUGGUUGCUCUGCGAAAAGUAUCCUCCAUUCAUCCACCGACGAAGCUCCUAUUUCGAUGUCUGGCGAUAACUGGUCUUUGUGUUGGUCUUCUUUGUCAACCACUUUACGUUUACUUUAGGUACAUUACAGUCUCUCUUGGUAUUGGUAACCGCAUCGUAGAAGUAGCUUACGUAUUUGCGUUCAUCAUUAGCGUGUUGAUUGCGGUAUCACCCUUAACAUCGGCUGCUAUCAGUGUUGACAGACUUCUCGCUCUCUUAUUGGGCCUGAGAUACAGACACGUUGUAACUUUAUGCCGAGUUCGUGUGGUCAUAGCUUGUGUUUGGUUCAUUGCUGUUUCAAAUGCUUCUUUGUACAGCGUGGCUUCGAUCCUAUUUCACACCUCGUGGUGGACCUUCCGAGCUUUAGUCAUUUUUUCUAUAAUAGUCUCAACAUUUUCGUACACGAAGAUUUUUUUCACCCUCCGUCAUCAACAAGCCCAAGUGCAAGAUCAUGUUCAACCAGAACAGUCGAGCAGAGUAAGAAGUGUACUGAACAUAGCACGAUACAAGAAGACAGUGUAUAGCGUAGCUUGGAUACAGUUUGCUAUGCUUGCUUGUUAUGGUCCUUUCACCGUGAUGGAAUUUCUUUGGCAUUUUGGAAAUAUAGAUUAUUCUACUGAAAUAAGAAUCGCGAAAGAAUUUUUCCGUUGUCUCGUCUUUUUAAAUUCAUCUCUGAAUCCAGUCCUUUACUGUUGGAGAAUCAAAGAUGUCAGACAGGAAGUGAAAAACACCAUUCGUAAGUGUCUUUGCUGUUGAGUUAAUCUACAGUGAUAGAGAAAAGAUGCAACAGAACAAUGGAGACAACUGGCCUAUCACGAACAGUGCCGCUAAUGUUGAUACCCGCACACACGACCUAUACUGAUAGGAGACGCAGUGAUCAUCGGAUUAGUUAUCCCUGUGCUUUGAUCGUUUUUUGUCUAAACAGAGUAAUGAAAGAUGUUUGACGAUGUUUAAGACGGCUAAAAAGGGCGAAAAAAACGCUUAUAAUGAGUUCGGUCGAUUUUGGGUGUGACCAUCCAUGAUUUUGAGUCGAAAUUUGAAAGUGUCUUUUUGAUUGUUUUUUUUUUUUUAUUUUGUCUAAGUAGAGUAAGAAAAGUUGUUUGCCGAUGAUUAAAACUGCUAAAAACGGCGGAAAAAACUUUAAUUUAUAAAGGGUCCGUUUGUACUCGCCGGGAAAAUCAUUAGUGCCCGCUGUCUUUAACAGUCAUUAAUAUUCACAGUUUAUGUCUGUAGUAUAACAGUGGACCUAUAAUCCCCUUGCACCGUAGAAUGAAUUAUGUUAGAAUGAUUUUCCUGUUGCAACAGCGAAAAAAGUAGACAUUUUGGAAACAUUGGUACAGUAGCUAAGUACUCAGCGUUUAGGAAUAAAGCUAUAUUCGAUAAGUUAACAGAUCUGUAAGUAAAAUGUAAAAAGUCAAGCUCAUUUAGAUGCCCAAGUUCUCCCUCAGAAAAACUUCCCGUUUACACAAGGACAAUUAACAUCUAGCAGGUAAUUAUAAAAAGCAUUGAUCAGCAAACCAUUAAACUGUUAAUAACGAUUUGCAUUUAAAACCAGGUGUUUGCAAGGAAAAAUAAAAUUGGUUUUGAAAAGUGAAAACACGGGGCACCCAACGACUGUUUUCUUUAAAAUAUCUGAUCGGAGAAGCAAAUAUUGCCUUGAAUUUUCUAUUACUUAAGGACGACUAAAAACGUCUAGAUGACCGUUCCAUUCAUUUACAAUUUUCGAAGCUCAUCUGAUAAAGUUUUUGAAGUUUAAUUUUUCACAAUUCACUACCCAGGUUAGGUUAUUUUGCGUGGGAAGAAGGAAACCUAAAAUUUUCGGACUCAAAAAUGUAACGAAGAGAGGAAUCCGAAAAAUUCUUGCAAUCGUAACAAGUUCAACUGCAUCUAAAAUUAUCGGUGAAAUAAUACUGAAGCCCUUGAAAUUUCGAAAAGACUGAAGUUGCCCUAGGAUGACCGAACAGAUGCAAAUUUUAUAGCGACACUAAGAAUUCUUUUCUAGAGAUCUAAAAAUGCUGUGGAUAGCCUAAAAAGUGUUUUCAAUGUCUUUAAGAGGAAACUGUUGUUGGGUGCCCCUGUGAAAAAAAUAAUGACCCUCUGUUGACUAAAUGUAAAACUCUCGGCUUAGACACUUUAAGUGUUGUACAAGGUAUAUAUAAAGUCGAGUCAAUUGGCACAAAUAUCUCAUUUAGCGCCUUAGGACUCUACAGUUUCAUGUUGUGGUACGAACAAUAUGUGCCCUGGUAGAAAAUAACGCCAGCGCAGAGCUUUGGGCAUACAUUUACGCAAUGGAUUCAAGAGGAACUAAGCAAUUGUUAUAAGCUGUUUGCUAAUUUGCUUUAAAGAAACAAACACUGUAUGUUAAAACUGUGAAACGCAGUUUGAAUUGUCCUUCUUAUGAGGUGUUGGUUAUUAAACCCCUGAUUGGGAAGCACAUGUCUUUCACUUUUUAUUUGUUAGCGAAAACCUGAAGCGUGGUUAAUUGAUUCAAAUGAAAGCUUUCAAAACGAUCGUCUUGCAAUUUUAGUUAGUUUUAUUAAGCUUAUCGUUAUUGGAGGUGAAAUCGGAUGAAAAUGCAAAGAGACGACGCGUUGACGCACUGAGCGCCUGAAUUUUAAAACCAAAGAAUAAGAUUUAGAUGUGACAUUGUAAGGCAAAUAAAAAUUAUGAGAGUACGUUUGGACGAGCGAUGAAAAGUAUAGUAAACAAUUCCCAGAAGGUGAAAAAAAUGAAUAAAUUAAUAUUCAACAUAUAAACCCGUUGAACCUUAACCGCCAAAUUAAUUUUUCUGUUGCGAAAGAAAAAAGAAGAAGUAAACAUUUUAAGAACAUUGGCAUCGUAGCUGACAUGUACUCGUUUAGAAAUAACGCUGUAUUUCGUAAGUGAACAUGUCUAUAUUUAAAUGAACGUCCUCAGAUGCCCAAGUUAUCUCUUGAAAAAUGUUUUGUUUACACAAGGGUUAUUGAUGUUUAGCAGGUAAAUGUGAUGAGAAUACGAUAAAUGAUAAUGACGAUUUGCGUUUGAAACCAGGUGUUUGCGAGGAAAAAGAAAAGUGCGUGGCUUCGUAAAGCGAAACUGGGCUUGUGGCCGUUUUUAACAUAUAAAACAGCUUAUUCAAAAUGAACACGAACUGCAUGCUACGAAGUUUACUUUAGUGGUACAGAACUCUUCUUUCUUGUGUCGUGCUGAAUAUUGCAGCAUCGAAAAGAAGGAAGUUGAAAGUGUAAAUCAACUAAGAUGUAGAAUACCCUUAAAAGGAUUUUUUUUUUCAAAUAGUGUCUUAGUAGCAAUACCCAAAUAGAAACAUACUGAUUUGCGAACCGAAAUUGAUUUGAAAAUUUGUACUUAUGUAGUUCACUUUCAUAUCCUUUGAGGUUUCUUCAUUAAACUGUUGGAAACCGUAACUCUCCUAAUAACAGAUCUUAAUUUGUCGGUCAGAGUUGGAGUUUGCAUGUUAAGUAAUGGAUAUUUUAGCUGGCAGUCGUGACCAAACUUUUUCUAGCCAAUUAUUAAGGCGGGUCUAUUUUAAUUGCAAAUGUGCGAUGCUAACUUAUGACUUAAACAACACCAUACAGACUCUAAUUAUGGUCUAUAUUAAAGUUUUAUUCACAACACUCAUAUUCAAUAGUCUAUAUUGACUGCGCUUCUGUCCUGUUAAUUUCGUCAAUAUCUCAGGUAGAGCAUUUUAUUUCUAAAUUUUCAGUGUAUUUAGCAAGAAACUGCUAAUUGAGGACGUCUCUUUUUAUGUCUCCUACUCCAAGCAAAGGUCUGGCUUGUUUGCAGAGCAAACUCAGUAUACCCUCAUUUCUCAAUUAUCGUAAGACCCUGAAUAGUGGUGCGGCCCCAGAGAUCCCCCCCGCGACCAUCCGCUCUGCAGACAAACGCUGUGCCGCCUGAGCUACUCCUGCUGCGGUAAUUACCCCCCCGGGGCUUGAUCAAUAAAGUUUUAUGCGGGGAGACUCCGCCCGGAGGUCCGUCCAACCCCUUAUUCUUUUACAUACCAUUUUGAGAGAAAAGGUACCCCUUUCCUAUGCCUUCUUUUGACAAAUGAUACGAUACCCCUUUCUUAUAACUAAUUAAGAAUUUUGCCUCCCUUUCAACCAGUGUAAAGGCACUGCAUUUGAAAUAUGAAUAAAUCACAAAACCAGAACGUUUUCCCGACUUUUUCACAGCUAAUAGGAAGAUACCGCUUAGUGAUGGGUGCACAGUCUAUCUUAAAUUAGUUAUUACCGACGAAAGUGAAGUCCUGGCGAGUAAAACAAACCACCGGAUGUUACGUUUUGACUUAUAGUGGAGAGUUACAUAUCCGCAGUACAGGUGUUGAUACUAUACCAGAUAACACGAAAAACAAUCCACUAUAGCGUGUAAUAGCCUUAGUAUUCCGCCCUUUUUGGUUUAUUGCUGUUUUAGAUUUAAAGGUAAAUGAUACACAUGUAGGAAGACACCUUUCUAAAGUGCUUCAGAAAUUGCCCUGAAAAUUCAGUCGAGCCACCUUGAGAGUCCAUUUUCUUGGUGGACUCUUAUUGUACCGUUGAACACCGAUAUAAUGAGUCGUUUUAUAUCGAACAGCUCCUUUAUGAGACAACGAAUGAGAUUUUUUACUGCAGUUGUCACAGGAACCCAAUACAACAUUUCCUAUUAUGCUAAUAAUGAAAGUAAAAAAUAUAUGCACAAAAGAAAAACAAACGGGAAGAAAUUAAUUGGUGACUGUUAAUACCCAGGAAAUGCAGAUGUUUAUGUAGGAAGUUGUAAUAAUGCAAUUGUCAAAAUACUUAUACAAGAAGUCCCUUGCGAAGCAAAUUUUAACAUCUACUUAAUAGUUUUGGCUGUAGGCGAUAUGGCUGUAUACGUUUAGACCACUUUCUGUUAGCCUUCAUAUCACCUGUAACGAAGUGGUUAACUGAGAAGCGUUUCCCGACGUUUGUGUCCCAAUUAGUUCUUUAGCGAGCAACAAAGUCAACAUGUCAACCUGAACUACUACUCAAUAAUUUGUUCUAGUUGAAGUGACAGCAUAUCUCCUUCACUGUGGUUUGUUAACCUCCAAUUGGUGUGUGCCCCUAUUUUACGAUAUCCAUGCCGUCAAAGUAGAUAUAACAUCUUAUUUUGUAUUAAUUUUUUUGGAUAGUUCUUUAGCGAGCAGCAAAGUCAACCUGUGUUAAAAAUAUUAGGAAUCGGCUUAAUUGACACGUUUGAUGCAACGACAGGUUAAUUUGGAGUUAAGUAUUUUUAAAUUUAUUUGCCAGUUUCUGUGUAGGUCUAUAACAAACUGAAUAAAUUUCCUAUUUCGUUGAAAAGCUGUUUGUCCGAGGAAGUUCAUCUUGUUCAGCUUUGCAGCUGAAGAAACCUAACGUUAACUCAAAUCGACAUUUCUUUUCCAUAAAGCUUAAUCAGUGGCUUUCAACACCAAUGGCAAUCAACACGAAUGGGACAUUUGUAACAACGAAGAUACCAUCCGGAGUAUGGAUAUUUCUUAUAGUCUUCAACAAUUGAACCUGUCUAAAAAGUGUUGUGAAAGUAACUGAUACGUUUCAUGCAACAGGACGUGAAUUUGGAGUCUAAGUCUACUUUUUAAUUUAACUUGCCAGUUUCUGUCAAGAUCUAUCACAAGUGAAUUAACUAUUUCGUUCACAAUCUGUUUUGUCCGAGGAAGUUCAUCCGCCUUCUGUAGCCUUACAGCUGAAGAAACUGAACGUUAACUCAAAUCGACGUUUCUUUUUCAUAAAGCUAAAUCGGGGGCUUACAACACCAACUGCAAACAAUGCGAAUGAGACAUUUGUAGUUACGAAGAUGCCGCCAGGAGUUCACAUGUUUCUCGGCAUAUCCUUAAACAUUUUUCUUUCCAGCUGACUGAUAUCGGCGUUUCUUUUGCGUAAAGCUUGAUCGGGGUUUUCAAAACCGAUGGCAAACAACACUAACGGAACUUCUGUAAUAGCGAAGAUACCAUCCGGAGUAUGGAUAUUUCUUACAGCCCUGAACAUUUUUCUUUCCAUUUUUUCAACUCUGGGCAAUACUCUCAUUCUAGCUGCUCUACGAAACGUUUCCUCCAUUCAUCCACCGACGAAGCUGCUAUUUCGAUGUCUGGCGAUAACUGAUCUUUGUGUUGGUCUUCUUGGUCAACCACUUUACGUUUACGAUAGGUACAUUACAAACUAUCUUGAUAUUGGUAACCGCAUCGUAGAACUGGUUUACGUAUAUCUCUUUAUCAUUAGCGUGUUGGUUGUGGUAUCCAUCUUUACAUCGGCUGCAAUCAGUGUUGACAGACUUCUCGCUUUGUUGUUGGAACUGAGAUACAGACACGUUGUAACUUUAUGCCGAGUUCGUGUGGUCAUAGCUUGUGUUUGGUUCAUUGUUGUUUCAAACGCUUCUUUGUUGUGCGUGGCUCGGAUCCUAUCUCAUGAUAAGUUAAAACUUGCCUCGUCGUGGACCCUCCGAGCUUUUGGCAUUUUUUCUAUAAUAGUCUCAACAUUUUCGUACACGAAGAUUUUUUUCACCCUCCGUCAUCAACAAGCCCAAGUGCAAGAUCAUGUUCAACCAGAACAGUCGAGCAGAGUAAGAAGUGUACUGAACAUAGCACGAUACAAGAAGACAGUGUAUAGCGUAGGUUGGAUACAGUUUGCUAUGCUUGCUUGUUAUGGUCCUUACAUCGUGAUGGCAUUUCUUAAUCAUUUUGGAAAUGUAGGUUAUUCCACUGAAGUAAUAAUCGCGGAUGAAGUUUUCAGUUGUCUCCUCUUUUUAAAUUCAUCUCUGAAUCCAGUCCUUUACUGUUGGAGAAUCAAAGAUGUCAGACAAGAAGUGAAAAACAUCAUUCGUAAGUGUCUUUGCUGUUGA